UUUUUUCAUUCUUGGAAAAUUGCUCACAACUCUAAUUAAACUUCACUCACUAGUUGGUCUUCAAUGCAGAAUAAUGUGGCGACAACAAACAAGGAAUCUCUGCAGCGUCCCUAGUGGACGCUCAUUAACGGCGAAGAAAUGGGACGCGCUGGUGAUCGGGGGAGGCCACAACGGCCUCACAGCCGCCGCCUACCUCGCCAGAUCAGGCUUGUCCGUCGCAGUCCUCGAGCGCCGCCACGUCAUCGGCGGCGCUGCUGUCACUGAAGAACUCGUCCCCGGCUACAAGUUUUCCCGAUGUAGCUACCUCCAGAGCCUCCUUCGCCCUGCACUUAUCAAGGAAUUGGAGUUGAAGAGGCAUGGAUUGAAGAUGUUGAAGAGGAGUCCAUCGUCAUUCACUCCCUGUCUAGAUGGACGCUACCUUCUGCUUGGUCCUGAUAAGGAGCUUAAUUAUUCGGAGAUAUCGAAGUUCUCGAAACGCGAUGCUGAGGCUUAUCCUAGGUACGAGAAUCAGUUAGAGAACUUCUGUAAAUUCAUGGAUCCACUUUUGGAUUCGUCUCCACCUGAAACUUUGCAAGGAAUCUCAUCUUUUAAUGGUCGGAUGAAGAGUAAAUUACAGAAGUCUGUUUUUUGGGCUCAUUGUCUGCGACGAGCACUUGUCUUGGGGCAAAAGGAGAUGGUGGAUUUCAUGGACCUAUUACUGUCCCCUGCCUCAAUGGUUUUAAAUAACUGGUUUGAGAAUGAUGUCUUGAAGGCAACACUUGCAACGGAUGCUGUAAUAGGAACCACGGGUAGUCCCAAUACACCUGGGAGUGGAUAUGUUUUACUGCAUCACGUGAUGGGAGAAACUGAUGGGGAGCGUGGAAUUUGGUCGUAUGUUCAAGGUGGGAUGGGCUCUGUUUCUCUGGCCAUUAGCAGAGCAGCUAAAGAAGCUGGUGCUACCAUAGUGACAGAAGCCGAAGUCUCAGAAUUGAUGAUAGAGGACCCGGGCAGAGUGUGUGGGGUUUUGUUGGCUGAUGGUACACAAGUGCGCUCUUCAGUUGUGCUGUCAAAUGCGACUCCAUACAGAACAUUUAUGGAAUUUGUACCAAAGAAUGUGCUUCCGGAUGAUUUUCUUCAUGCUAUCAAGAACUCUGAUUACAGCUCUGCAACUACAAAAAUCAACUUGGCUGUCAACAAAUUACCUCAAUUUCAUUGCUGCAAGUUGGGCAAUCCUGAUGCUGGUCCUCAGCAUAUGGGGACCAUUCACAUUGGUUCUGAGACUAUGGAGGAGAUUGCCUCUGGCUGUCAGGAUGCUGUAAAUGGCAUACCAUCCCGACGACCUAUAAUUGAGAUGACAAUUCCUUCUGUGCUCGACAAGACUAUUUCUCCACCUGGGAAGCAUGUAAUCAAUUUAUUUGUUCAGUACACACCUUAUAAACCCUCUGACGGCAGCUGGGAAGAUUCUGCUUAUAGAAAAUCAUUUGCCGAAAGAUGCUUCACCUUAAUUGAGGAACAUGCCCCUGGCUUUAUCUCAUCAAUUAUUGAUUAUGACAUGUUGACUCCUCCGGACCUUGAAAGAGAAAUUGGUUUGACAGGAGGAAACAUUUUUCAUGGUGCCAUGGGAUUAGAUUCACUCUUUCUUAUGCGACCAGUGAAAGGAUGGUCAAAUUAUAGGACUCCAGUACGAGGUUUGUAUCUGUGCGGGAGCGGGGCCCAUGCAGGUGGAGGGGUAAUGGGUGCUCCCGGAUGUAAUGCAGCUCACGUGGUCAUUCAAGAUAUAAAGAACUCACAGUAACUGAUGCUUGUAUUACCUUUAGGAGAUUGACUUCUCCAGUUGCAGAAGCUCGUUGUAGGUGAUAACCUCGAGUGUUAUCAAAUGGCAUUCUUCGUCUGAAUUUCAAUAUCGUGGGUUGGCCUUGAAGAUUUCAUCAGGGAUAUCUAGUCUGGAUUUGUACUCAAAAUUGAUAGGAGUAACUUCUUAUUUCAACCUCUUAGGACAGGCUAAUGAAUCAGCCACACUUGGGAUAAAUCUUAAGGUCUUUUAGUUAAUAUUUUGGACCAUGUAAUGCUGAACUUGCAGUUAGAGCUCUGCUGUGGAGCAAUGGAGAGCUUAGACGAUACCUGAAUUUUCGGCUUUCCCUUUUUGUAUUUAAACAAUCUUUUGUAUAUUUUCCGACUCUUAAUCUGCAUCUCUCUGUCUACAA